CAUCAGGAAGGAAUCUGCCUAUGACUGUGCAGACUAAAACAAUCCUAAAGUGUGCUGUGCUGAGUAAUAAUGAUGUGUGUGUGUACCAUCAACUCACUAUUGCUGUUCCUUCUACAGGAAGGAAGAACCUCUGGAGAUGUCUCCCAAUAAUGACCCCGUUGCAAUCCCGAUGAUAGAAAGAAAUCCCAGUGACCUUCCUGGAAUGGACUCCAGUGACCCAGACACGUUGACUGGAGAGGCUGUGUUGAGUUUUCAUAACAUCAGCUAUCGAGAGACAGUGCAGAGUGGCUUUCCAUUUUGUAAAAAAACAGAGGAGAAAGAAAGACUAUCUAAUGUCAGUGGGAUCAUGAGACCUGGCCUCAAUGCCAUCAUGGGACCUGAAGAUGGGAGAUCUUGGUUACUAGAUGUCUUAGCUGCAAGGAAAGAUCCACGUGGAUUAUCAGGAGAUAUUUUGAUAAAUGGGAAACCUCAACCUGCUAAUUUCAAAUGUACUUCUGGUUAUGUACCACAAAAAGAUGUGGUGAUGCACACAGUGACUGUGAGAGAAAAUAUAGAGUUCUCAGCAGCUCUUCGACUCCCAAUGACUGUAAAGAGAGAUGAAAGAAGAAGGAGAAUUGAUGAGGUCCUUGAACUUCUGCAUCUGGAUGAAGUGGCAAAUGUCAAGCCUAGAUCUAAGGAGCUCAGGAAAAAGACCAGUGUAGCAAUGGAGCUGGUCACCGAGCAUCCCAUUCUGUUCUUGGAUGAUCCCACCACUGGCUUAGACUUGAAGACUGCAAUAGAUGUCAUCUCGGUCCUGAGAAAGAUGUCUAUGAGGGGACAGACAAUCAUCUUCUCCAUUAAUCAGGCUCAGUACUCCAUCUUCAAAUCUUUUGAUAGCCUCACCUUAGUGACCUCAGGAAAAGUCAUGUAUCACGGGCCUGCACAAAAGGCACUGGAGUACUUCACAUUGGCAGGUUACAAAUAUGAUUGCCACAACAAUCCUGCAGACUUCUUCCUGGACAUCAUUAAUGGAGGUUUCUCAGAUCUAUUAAACACAGAGGAAGAAGGCCAUGAUGCUGACAAAUAUACAGAGCUUUCUGAGAGACAGUACCAAGUCACAGAAAAAUUAGCCAACAUGUAUGCCCAGUCCUCCAUAUACAGAGAAAUGAGAACUGAACUGGAUCCACUCUUGGGGGAACAGAGGACAGGGUGGAGCUCAGCCUUGGAGGAGAUCACGUGUGUCACCCCUUUCUGGCAUCAGCUUUGGUGGAUUAUCUAUCGUUCAUUCAAAAAUAGCCUGGAUUUUCUAAAUGCCACUGUCACUCAGGCAAUGAUCACAAUCAUAGUGGCCGUGUUUGUGGGCAUCAUUUUUCGUUUCCUAAGGAAUGAUUGUACUGAAGCCAAGACCAGAGCUGGCCUGCUCUUCUCGCUCACAAUCCUCCAGAUUAUCAUAAGUAUGUCUGCCUGUGAGUUCUUUGUGAUUGACAAGGAUCGCUUUCUACAUGAGCAUACCAGUGGAUACUACAGAGUGUUACCAUAUUUCCUUGGGAAGUUGCUGGCUGAGCUGGUACCCAGGAGGUUAUUGCCAAGUAUUAUAUUUACUGUUAUAGUAGUCAGCAUAGCAGGAGUAAAAACAGAUGUGAACGGUUUCUUCACUAUGUUAUUUACCAUCAUGAUGUUGGCUUAUUCUGCCAGUUCCCUGCCACUGUGUUUCAAAGCAGGAGAGAGUGCAAUGGGUGUGCCAACACUGUUGGUGACCAUCUACUUUGUGUUCAUGCUGUUUUUCUCAGAUCUGUCAAUAUUAUCAGAAAGCUUAUUACCUGGGCUCUCCUGGAUUCUAUACAUUAACAUUCCUCAUUAUGGAUUUACAGCUUUGCAGCACAAUGAAUUCCUGGGACAAAACUUCUGUACAGAACAUAACACAGCAGAAGUCAGUAGAUGUCGGAACUAUGUAAUAUGUACUGGCGAAGAAUUCUUGAUGAUCCAGGGCAUUGAUCGCUCAUCAUGGGGCUUCUGGAAGAAUCACGUGGCCUUAGCUUGUAUAACAAUUAUCUGCUUAUCAUUUACCUAUGCACAGUUAUUAGCUCUUUAUAAAAAGAGACAUUUUUAAAUCACUCUUCCACUUUCUUUGAAUUAUUCUGAUGUUAAAAAAAAUAAAAACUUUGCUGGUGGCCAUGUCAGAGGAACAUCAGGUAGCACUUGAAUUCAGGAGUUUGACCCACCAGAAUGUAAGGCACUGAUGGGUGAAUCUUGGAUAGGCAAGGCCCUGAGGGCUUUGGCUUCAGAAUAUCUCUUGCUAGUACUGUGCCUUUAUAUGUUUGCUACUGCAAUUUUUCUCUGUUAUCUGGCAUGGUGUGAAUGAGGGCAGGGGAUCCCCACUACCUUUAAUGUAAUGUGAUUAUCUCAUGGAAAUAUCUCAUUCUACUGGGCAUUUUAACUGUGGAUUAUUAUGAAGUUGAUUUCCUAUUAGCCUGUACUGUUUAACUGAAGUAAUGAUUUUAUACAAUAAUAGUGGCAGUUUAAAUAGAAUUUUGAUGAUUAAGGGUUUUUAACACAUGUAGUAAGGGAUUAUGAUAGAGGUUAUUUUAGUUGGAAAAUUAAUAUAGGUAAAGUAGGAUAUAGUGUUAACCCCACCCCUGAUAAAGCAGGGGCUGCAUAGGAUAGAAAAUAGGACCAAGGAAGUGUCAUCAGCUGGGACUUAUGAGUUUCUCUUGAGGAGCCUAUAGACUGGGGUUUAGGUAAAUGAUUAAGGAAAACAAUUGAGUUGGAGGAAUUAGCUCAAGAUCUUUUCGGUAUUGGAAAAUGUUUUCAUGGAGUUUGGAGUGCAUCAUAGCUAAAACAAAGCUUUAAAUAAUACUUCCUGUAACUGGAAAACAAAGAAUUGGAUGGUUAGUUUUGAUAAUUUGGCAGAACUCUAAAAUAUGAAAAGAGAAACUAGCUAUCUGUUUUUCUGGCAAUUGUAAAAACUCCUGCCUAAGUUAGCAGUUAUGAAUGAAAGGCUUCUGUUUUAUGAGAAUUCCAAAAGAUAAAUGCUUAACUAUAUGCAGGUGCUUGGGGAAAAUUUGUUUUUAACUUGUAAUACAUAAAAUGUUUAUUCAUGUAAGGGAAAUGGGGAACAUGCUUUUUUUUUUUAACUUGUAUUCAUUGUAAUCAUUCACUUAAAAUGGACUGUAACCCAUUGUAAUUUUUAUUUUUCUUGAAAGAUUCUGCUAGGGUCUAUUAGCUUCAAGGAAAAAAUAAAGAAUUUAGAAGGAAGUCAUCAGGAAGCAGUGAGAAGGAAGUCAUCAGGAAGCAGUGGGAAGGAAGUCACUAGGAAAGAGAAAGAAGGGAAACAUCAGGGUAGAAGAACAGAACAGAAAAAGGAUAGAAUAGAACAAGCAAUGGAAACAAUAAUAAAGUGAAGAACUAAGCUUUGACCCUCA